UCCUCCCUCCCUCACCGUCCAGUUUCCUGUCUGCCUUCUCGCGUCUUCAAAAUGAGCGUCAUUCUCUGCACCGCGGGUUACGAUCACACUAUUCGCUUCUGGGAGGCGCUGUCUGGAAUUUGCUCGCGCACAAUUCAGCAUCCAGAUUCGCAAGUGAACCGUCUAUGUAUUACCCCCGACAAACGGUACCUGGCCGCCGCUGGACACAACAAUGUCAAAUUAUAUGACAUCAAAUCUACCAACCCCAACCCGGUCAUGACAUUCGAUGGCCAUACGAAUAACAUCACGGGCGUUGCUUUUCACUGCGAGGGAAAAUGGAUGGUCACUAGCUCCGAGGAUGGAACGGUCAAGGUGUGGGACACGCGCACCGGCAGCCUGCAGCGCAACUACGCCCAUAAGGCCCCCGUCAACGACGUUGUCAUUCAUCCCAACCAAGGCGAACUCAUCAGCGGAGAUCGCGCUGGCAUUGUCCGUGUCUGGGACCUGGGAGAGAGCGUCUGCACCCACCAGCUGAUCCCCGAAGACGACGUCGCGGUACAUAGUGUGAGCGUCGCCAGUGAUGGCUCCCUCCUUUGCGCAGGCAACAAAAAGGGCAACGUUUACAUCUGGCGCAUGAUCCAAGACGCCGAGCUCACCCGCAUUGUCCCCAUCUGCACCUUCCAAGCGCAUAAAGACUACCUCACCCGCGUCCUCCUUUCGCCAGACGUCAAGCACCUGGCAACCUGCUCAGCCGACCACACCGCCAAAGUAUGGAACCUCGACCUCGACUAUCCGCCAGCGAAAAUGGCCGCCGCGAAAGCCAAGGCCCAAGCGCUCGCGGCGCCCGAAUCGGCCUCUUCACCUCCGACAUCGACGCCAGACAGUCAGGACCCACUAUCUCCCAACAGCACCAAAUCCGAGAUCGAGAUCAACCCCCUCAGUCUCUUUAAUGGCACACCGCCGAUCGUCAACAACGAACCCCAGCAGAGCUUUCCCGUCCAGCCGGACGGCCCCCCAAUGGAUCCCGCGACGGGCACACUCUUCCUCGAAACCACGCUCGCGAACCACCAGCGCUGGGUCUGGGAUUGCGCCUUCUCCGCGGACUCCGCGUACCUCGUCACUGUGUCCAGCGACCACUACGCGCGGCUGUGGGAGUUGGCAUCGGGUCAGAUCAUUCGGCAAUAUAGCGGCCACCAUCGCGGGGCGGUCUGCGUGGCAUUGAAUGAUUACUCCGAACCUCGGUAGGAUCUUUGAUCUGCCAAUGCAAAUCAGGCGAAGGUAGUCCCACAAUCACAACGGGAUAUGUUUUUCAUCGCGCGUCCCAUCCGUUUCGUUGCCAUCGUUCGUAUCUAAUUAGGGGGUGGGCUUCUUGUGGGUUAGCAUGGCGCUAGGGAUCGAUUUCGAGCUGAUUUGAAUUUGACUUUGACUUCGAAUGUAAUUGGGGACGGGCGUUCUAUUUUGCCUGCUAUUAGUUGGGAGUUUUCAGGAGCUGUGUGCGGUCAUCUUUAUUUCUCCCUUUCUGUCCCAUCCUCUCUGCGUUUUCCUUUUGGAGUGCUGAACACGAGUUUGCGAUUCAAAUACCACUUGCAAAUUCAUUGACUUGAGAAAGGGUUGGAGGGGCAUCUACUAGGUCUGUAGAAUUAUGUUCGC